UGUUGCUUCGUGAUGCGCAUGCUUAAAAGCAAAAUAGCCUCGUUUUCAGUUUGUGUGAAAAUGGCGACCAAAACUUUGCUAUGGUUGCCUGGGAGGUUCCAGACGCUUGGAACCCUUCUGAACCGCACUUGGGCACCAGCAGGUUGUCAGUGCCGUGAACUUAUGACUGACAGGAAAGCAAAAGACGUAACGCAGACAAGUCUGGUUCCCUACAGAGAACAGAGUACUAAAAUAGCUACAGCGGGAGAGAGAAAUGAAGUAGACCAGAGCACUGGAGGAGGCGUUGUGAAGCGUAAAAAGUACUCGCCCUUCUUAAAUACGACUGGCAAGGCAGAGUUUGCUUUGGCACGUAUGGAUGACCUGGUGAACUGGGGAAGGAAGGGUUCCAUUUGGCCCAUGACAUUUGGUCUAGCCUGCUGUGCAGUGGAGAUGAUGCAUUUUGCCGCACCCCGAUACGACAUGGACAGAUUUGGUGUGGUGUUUCGGGCCAGUCCUCGUCAGUCUGACUGCAUCAUUGUCGCAGGCACACUCACAAACAAGAUGGCACCAGCAUUGAGAAAGAUUUAUGACCAGAUGCCCGAACCUCGCUUUGUCAUCUCGAUGGGAAGUUGUGCUAAUGGUGGUGGAUACUACCAUUACUCUUACUCAGUUGUCCGAGGCUGUGAUCGUAUUAUACCUGUAGAUAUUUAUGUACCUGGAUGUCCGCCGACAGCAGAAGCUUUGUUAUACGGAGUGCUUCAACUACAGAAGAAAAUCAAGAGAAUGAAAAUAUUUCAGAUGUGGUACAGGAAAUAGACCACUCCUUUCUCAGCUUUUAUUAAACUUUGGGAAACUUUGUCGAACAUGUAGACCUCUUUUUGUGUGUGUCGGGAAUUUUUUGACAUUCAAAAUUAAUGAAGGAACAUCAUUUAUGGAGCCUGUGUGUUUUGUUUUACAUGGCAUUAUUUAGGAGCCUAAAUUAUAGUAGUAAUACCACACUGAUUGGCUUUUGUUGGAUACCACUUGUACAGCGUAAUAGAUUGAAUAAACUGAAAAGUUGGGUGGGACGUUUAUAUAAAAUGCGAGAUGUGUGUACGAGACAACAGACUGUGUUAUGUAAAUAAUGCUGGUGUGUUUAAUUUACAUGUAUGUCUUUGUCAUUAAAAUUGGAAAUGGAAA